AUGGUAGCAGUUCGCUCUCUCCUACUGCUUUCUGCUGUUGCAGGCAUCGUGGCGGCCGGGCCAUGCAAGCCCUCAAGCCGAACAACCCGUACUGCAUUGGCUACGGAAACCACCGUAUCGCAACAAACCACCGAGACCAGCACUCUAGGAGAAUCUUCUACCGCGACCUCAUCUGCCUCGACCACCGGAGCUGUGACAGAGAUCUUGACAAGUCUCGCCACGGCAAGCCUAUCAGACUCUACGACCGAGAUCGAGAAAGAGUCUACCAGUGAUGUCAGCAUUGACUCGACCACUGGAAUAGCCCUUACUACCGACGCUACAACGAGCGAUAUCGCAGAGACCUCAGCAGCUUCAGCCACUGAAUCUCUAGCCACCGAGAGUCGGCCCGAGACCUUGUCUGUCUCAACCACUGGAACCUUGACAGAGGCUCUGACAAGUUCCGCGACGAUAAGCUCAACAGACUCUACAACCGAGACCGAGAUAGAGUCUCCCAGUGACAUCAGCACAGGCUCGGUCACUGAAACAGCAAUGGAUUCGACUGCCGGCGCUACAACGAGCACUGUCGCAGAUUUUUCGACGGAUUCCACCACCAAGACUCUGGCCACAGAGACUACUACCGGCUCAACCACUGAAAUAACGACUGGUUUCAGUACGGAAGCCACAACAAGCAUCAUCACAGAAGCCUCAGUAGCUUCUACUACUGAAACCCCAUCUGCAGAAACUACUGUUGGCUCAUCGGCUACUGGAAUAACGACAGAUUUCAGUACGGAAGCCCCAACAAGCACCAUUGUAGCAACAUCGAUAGCGUCCACCACUGAAUCUGUAGCCAUAGAGACUACUACUGGCUCAACCACCGGAAUAGAGACAGAUUUCAGCACAGACGCCUCGACAAGCCUCAUGACAGAAACCUCACUAGCUUCCACCUCCGAAAGUCUAGCCACAGAGACUACUAUAGGCUCGACCACUGGAACAGCGAUAGAUCCCACUACCGAUACUAUGCCGACUACUGUCGCAGAAACAUUGAUACCGUCUACAACUGAAGCUCUAGACACAGAGACUACUACAGACUCCACCAGUGGAACUGCGAUAGAUCCCACCACGGGUGAUACGUCAACUACUGUCUUAGAGACUCCGAUAGCUUCUACAACUGAAACUUCGGCCACAGAGAUCACUUCGGCCACAGAGAUCACUUCGGCCACAGAGAUCACUUCGGCCACAGAGAUCACUUCGGCCACAGAGAUCACUUCGGCCACAGAGAUCACUUCGGCCACAGAGACCACAGAGACCACAGAGACCACAGAGACCACUUCGGCUACAGAGAUCACUUCGGCUACAGAGAUCACUUCGGCUACAGAGACCACAGAGACCACAGAGACCACUUCGGCUACAGAGAUCACUUCGGCUACAGAGAUCACUUCGGCUACAGAGAUCACUUCGGCUACAGAGACCACUUCGGCCACAGAGAUCACUUCGGCCACAGAGACCACUUCGGCCACAGAGAUCACUUCGGCCACAGAGAUCACUUUAGGCUCUACCACUGAAAAGCUAGUGGUCUCCACAACUGAGAUUUCAACGGAUAGUACUAUACAAACGUCAGCAACUGAGACCGCGUAUAGCUCAGCCACCGAAUCUUCAGCCGACACCACCAUCAAUACCAUCACAACUACCUUCAUGACGUUACUUAGCUCAACAGAAACCACCAGCCAGGCGUCGACAACAACCUCAGCAGCUGAAGUGGUUAUUGCAUGCCCGGCGAACCCAUCGCAGUGCCUCGGCACCAUGGAGAUCGAAUGUGAUAACAUUAUCUUUGGACUUAACAAAGACAGUGAAACGACUCUCGACGACUGUGCCCACAAGUGUAACCGGCAAGCAAACUGUGUCCAGUUCGCCCAUAAUGAGGGCACCAAGAACUGCUACCUCUCUUAUGACGCUAGUGAAAAUGGAGGCAGUGCAUGGUUUCCGGGCUGGACUAGUGGUAUUAAGGGAACAUGUGAGCAGUGA